CAUUAAAAAAAAAAAAAAAAUUAAAACAAAACUCCUUGCUCCCACGGUUCUGGCGGACUUGCAAUCAUGAGCUUCCUUUCCGGUGAAUCGUUCCUCAUAAAUGCAGCCUCUGCCUAUAUAUAUCAAUCCAACUCUGUCACCCUCGUCAUUAAAAAAAAAAAAAAUUAAAACAAAACUCCUUGCUCCCACGGUUCUGGCGGACUUGCAAUCAUGAGCUUCCUUUCCGGUGAAUCGUUCCUCAUGACUCCCGCUCUCUUUCGUCGUCAGCAGAGGAUCGUCUCCUUUACCGGGGCGUUCUAUCCUCAUCCUGUUGGUGAGAAUCGUCAUCGUCAUCAACAGAUUUUUGCCGUGAAGCCAAUUCUGCCGAUCUGUACUAUGGAUCCUUAUGCCUUCGCCUUUGUCGACACGGUGGAUCCUAUCACCCUCAUCGACAACCUAGGCUGGCUUCCUAUGGGUGAUUCCCCUCCUCGCAGCUACUGCCCAGCUGCCGUUCGUGACUUCUAUUCAAAUCUCUGGACUGAUGGGAUCGCAACGGGAAAAUUCUCCACCCUGGUUUAUGGUCACCUGCUUACUCUUUCAAUUGAUGACCUUGCUGCAUUUCUUGUUCUGCCUACUAGAGGCAAGCAGCUCAUUAGUCCUCUGGAGUUAUGGUCCUACAAGUUUGACUUGCGUCGGGAGGUCACAAAUCGCUCCUUUGAAUCGCUGGAUAAUUCACUCAGGCUUCUUCACUACUACAUCAACCGAGUGUACUUCCCGCGGGCUGAUCGCUUGGAUGUUGUUUUGCCUCUUGAUUGCUGGGUCAUGUCUCACGCCAUCUCUGAUAUGCCGUUGAGCUAUCCUCACCUGCUGUUUGGGGCAAUCGUGGAUGCCGCGGCCAACGACUCUCCCAGUGUUGGCCUUCCCUUUGCUGCGUUGGUUACGUUGUUGCUGCAUCGUCUCGGCGUUCCUCUGUCUGACUUUGUCACUGUUUCUGACAACUGUGUUCAUUCCUCCAUUGAUGAGGUGUUGGUUACGGUGGGAAUUCCUCCCAUCGUUGAUUUAUCAUCAGGGGUAGAAAAUGAUCAUGGUCAUGGGGCCACAGACGCAACUAUUAGAGAAAGAGGCGAAGAGGCCAAAGACGAGGCGUCUGCGGAUUGUGGUGCAUCUGCUUCAGCUUCUGUCCGUCCCUUCAAGCUCAAGCGACAAGCUAAAGGGUCUCGCCCUUCUAACAGAGUUCUCAAGCGUCUCAAUAAUCAAAAUUCCUCUCAAGGAGUGGUUCUCUAUGAGAAUCAUGAUCUUGAGCAAACCAAUUAAAAGCCUUAAUUUAGGGGGAGCUUGGGUUUCGAGUUGUUAGUUAUUGAUGUUGAUGUUUUAAAUGGCUUAUUUGAAUUGUUGUUUUUAAGGUCUAGAGUCAGGGGGAGUAUCAAAUCAUGUCUCUUAUUUGCGUUGUUGAGUGUUUUGAUUGAAUAAUGCCCUGAGCUAUACUUAGGAUGAAUGAAGUAAUUUGUUUUCUUAAUAAUCUGUGGCGUAGGAUGAAUGAGAGAUAUAAUGACCGCCAUGCUUUAAUCUUGAGCUUAAUGAUGAAUGAAGCAUAUGCAGUAACAGGAUGCUAAAUCAAGCUUAGGGGGAGAAUGUUGGGUUAACAAGCUUGAUUCAGCUAAUUGAAUGUCAUAGGAUAUUUUGUUUUAAAUAUAUGUUAUUAUGUGGAACUAACAAUCUAUGCAGAAAUAUCACAAUCAAUGAUGAGGAAAAUGGAAACAAUUCAAAGUGAUUGCUUGCCCUCAAAGGAGUUACCAUAUCAAGCAAAAAGGUAUCAAAUCAAGGAGAUACUUGCCACAUAAAGGACUACAAAUGAAAGGAAAUGAAGGCUCACAUCAACUAUAAAUAGUAGAGUCAUUUGUAGGCCAAUACACCUUUUGCAAAGCUCUCUUCUCUCUUGUAAUAGCGAAAUUGUGUGAUCAUAUUUCGUGGUGUGAAUAGCUUGAUAUCUCGGGGGUUGAGAUAUUCAAGCUAGGUCGGGUAGGAAGGGUAGGAAGGGUAUUUGUAAUUGGGACUAGUGCAAGAGCAAGAGGGGAUUCUAGAUUGUGAGUUGCACUAGGUGAAUUACUCUCCAAUCAAGUCAAACUAAGAGUGUUGGCUUGAUUGAUUGAGUGGAUAGCUUAGCUUGGAUUUAUCUAAGGGUUGAAUAGGUGUGGAGUUGCACCUAUUUAGUUCUUGACACAAAGUGUCAAGGUUGUUUCAAUUUCAUAGGUUAGAGAGUCUUUUAUUUUAAUAAAAGUUAGAAUCUCUUGUGAGAUAGUGGUAACUAUCUCCGGGACGUGGAUGUAAAGCCAUAUUGGCCGAACCACGUUAAAAUCGCGUGUCCCGACUCAUCUUUCUCCCUCUCUCUAUACCUCCUCUAACUUUGUUCUAUUCAUCAGUGCCAACAAGUUAAUCAUUUCAGGAGAGAUUCUUGGCAAGUCCUUUUGGAUUGCUCAAUCAAGCUAGUGCUAAUCUCUCACUAUUGAAAUCUGAAUUAAUUUGUGCAUUGAUCUCGUCAAAAGUAUCCUUAUUGACCCAGCUUGGUCUAACACAAACUGGUUGAAAGAUAGUUUUUGAGGCACACCUCCCAAACGGAAACAAACGGCGCAAGUCGGUUGCCCCAUAAGGUUCGCCUCCUUCAGGGUGCAGAAUGUGCUUAAUAAAUUUACACACAGCUCCGUGUAGAUGUCGUCUUCCAACUGGAGAAGCUGGCGCCAUUGUGGGUGUGCUAUAGCCUCUCGCAUGAUAUGUCCACACUGAAGGUCAUCGAACUGAGUGCAGUCAAGUUUCCAAUGGACCCUAGUCCAAGACUGUGCCCAGAACCUCAUUUCCUUUUCAACUUUCAGCCACCUCCUUAGCUCUAUCAGGUAUGGGUGGCUCAGGUCAACCAUCUUGCAAAGCAUUCAGACAUACGCCAGACGAACCGCCACCCUCUGCUCCGCUAAAGCGGUCGGCUGGAGAGAAAUAAGAUGAGUCGCCGUCGUGUUGAUAUUAAAUUGAAGUGGUAGGAGAGAGAAAAUAAAGAAAUAUUUAAUUAGUUU